AUGGCGGAGGAGAAUCCAGAGUUCCAGUCCGCUUUGCGGAAACUGGACAGGGAGCUGGAGGAGGGCGAUAUCACCGAGAAAGGGUAUCAAAAGCGACGCACCCUCCUGCUCUCCCAAUUCCUCGGCCCCAAUAAGCCGCUUGAGAUUGGCUCUCAUGCGGCCGCAGGCUAUGGGGGCCCAUCCGAAAGCUCCCAUAUCCCCCCACCAGCUAUAUUGAGCGUUCGACCGCCGACCGCCGAGUCCUCACAGCCGACCAUCGCUUCUCCAACCUAUGCGGGCGCAUACGAUGGCAUACACAACGGCGGAGGAUAUGGGUACGCCCGCCGGGUCAGCGUGGACGCACAGAAUCCAUCUCCGGCUCCAGCCGGAUCGAAUGAGCGAGACAGUACGGGCAUGAUACAGGCUCUGGAUCGAAUGCCAUCGUCGGCCUCGUAUGAUUCGCUUUUCUUGCCCAAACCUCCGAUUCCUGGUUCGCAAGGCCAAGAUGGAUCGCGCACCGCGACUCUGAUGAGCCAGAACUACGCUUUUAACCCCGAGUCACAGGCGGAAUAUGCGCACCCCGAAUACGCCCAAGCCGAGUACAUGGAUGAUGGCAUCGGAGGCUACGAUCCCGCUUCGGGUGGGGUCACGCGACAGUCGACAAUGUUGGAUUCCCAGCAGGGCUACUUCUCAGACUUUGCUGGACAGCAGCAUGAUGAUUACAGGGAAAGUUAUGGUGGUGGCUUUCAUCGCUACUCUCAAUCAGGCGAGGCCUUUUCACCAACGGCGAACAUGGCGCCGCCCUUCAUACCUCCCUCCGAAUUGCCUCAUGGCCCGGCGAUCGAGCACCUCUUACCCCUCGAGCCUCGAGAUAUUCCCUUUGCCGUGAGCGACCCUCAUGACAAGAAUAUCCCCAUGUCAAAUUUUGACAAUAUUCCAACGGUUCUGCGACAUCGUGCACGAGUCCACCCGAAACAGCCUGCAUACUGGGUGCUGGAUCAGAAGGGAAAGGAAAUUGCUUCAAUCACAUGGGAUAAACUGGCAAGCCGCGCAGAAAAGGUUGCGCAGGUGAUUCGCGAUAAAAGCAACUUGUACCGUGGAGAUCGUGUUGCGCUGAUCUAUCGCGAGGCUGAAAUUAUCGAGUUCGCCGUGGCCCUCAUGGGUUGUUUCAUCGCAGGAGUGGUCGCCGUUCCGAUCAAUAGUCUGGAUGAUUACCAAAGCCUGAAUCUGGUGCUCACAUCAACGCAAGCUCAUCUAGCCUUGACUACCGAAAACAACCUGAAAGGGUUCCAACGUGACAUCACGGCGCAAAAGCUCAAUUGGCCUCGUGGGGUUGAGUGGUGGAAAACCAAUGAAUUCGGCAGCUUUCAUCCCAAAAGGAAGGACGACACACCUGCCCUCGUUGUACCCGAUCUAGCUUUCAUCGAAUUUGCGCGGGCUCCGACUGGGGAUAUGCGCGGUGUCGUGAUGAGCCACCGAACCAUCAUGCACCAGAUGGCCUGCCUGAGUGCCAUCGUCUCAACUGUCCCUACGGAGUCUAGUAGCAGACAGUUUGCGGCCAAGGGUGAAACCAUCAUUAGUUACCUGGACCCAAGACAAGGGAUUGGCAUGAUUCUGGGAGUUCUCUUGACCGUUUACGGCGGUCAUACAACGGUCUGGCACGAGGACCGCGCGGUUGAAACUCCCGGUCUGUAUGCUCAUCUGAUCACCAAGUAUAGGGCGACCAUUAUGGCUGCGGAUUACUCGGGACUGAAGAUCGCCGCAUACAACUAUCAACAGGAUCCCAUGUCCACUAGGCACUUCAAAAAGAACUCAGAACCCAACUUCAGCAGCGUCAAACUUUGCCUCAUCGACACAAUCACUGUUGAUUCGGAGUUUCACGAGAUCCUAUCAGACAGAUGGCUGCAACCUAUGAGAAAUCCACGUGCCAGAGAGAUUGUUUGUCCGAUGCUUUGUUUACCUGAACAUGGCGGAAUGGUCAUCAGCGUACGCGACUGGCUGGGCGGCGAGGAGCGAAUGGGAUGUGUCUUGACCCAUGAAAUGGACCCGGCAGGUCGCCAGAAGAAGGAAGAAGACGGAAAACUCGAGAAAUCGGAUACCAACACCGGCUUUGGCAGCAGUCUUCUGGGUGGUGGCUCUCGCAUUUCCGCUCCCAAAGAGACCGCAAAGAACGGCCUUGGUGAGGUUCUUCUCGACAAGGAGGCCCUUAAAAGCAAUGAAAUCGUUGUGGUGGCGAUGGGAGAGGAUGCUCGUAGGUAUGCUAGUACUAUGCCGCAUACUGUCCGAGUAGGUGCCUUUGGUUAUCCGAUUCCUGAUGCUACUCUUGCCAUCGUCGAUCCUGAGACCAAUCUCCUAUGCACACCCAAUGUCAUCGGAGAAAUCUGGGUGGACUCACCGUCGCUCUCUGGGGGCUUCUGGGCGCUGCCCAAGCAUACAGAGGCCAUCUUCCACGCUAGGCCUUACAAGUUUGAAGAUUCAAACCCUACUCCGGUUCUUGUGGAGCCUGAGUUCUUGCGCACUGGUCUGCUUGGCUGCGUGAUUGAAGGCAAGGUCUUCGUGCUGGGUUUGUAUGAAGACAGACUACGCCAAAAGGUGGAAUGGGUUGAGCAUGGUCAAGAUAUUACCGAGCACCGGUACUUCUUUGUUCAACACUUGGUCAUCAGCCUCCUAAAGAAGGUGCCAAAGAUCCACGAUUGCACGGCAUUCGAUGUGUUCGUGAAUGAAGAGCAUCUGCCGGUCAUUGUUCUGGAAUCGUAUGCUGCUUCGACGGCUCCUACAACCUCGGGUGGCCCGCCACGUCAACUUGACUCUGUUCUUCUUGAUUCGCUUGCGGAGCGUUGCAUGGAGGUCCUCUAUCAGGAGCACCAUCUCCGAGUCUAUUGUGUUUUGAUUACUGCCCCCAACAGUCUUCCGCGCGUGACCAAGAAUGGUAGAUUGGAGAUUGGCAACAUGCUGUGCCGCAAGGACUUUGAAGCUGGUUUGUUGCAGGCUGUGCACGUCAAGUUUGGGGUGGAGCGGUCUGUGAUGAACUUGCCCGUUGGUGUCGACCCCGAGGGUGGCAUCUGGUCACCCCUGGCCUUAGCUUCCCGACAAGAUAUCUUGGCCUACCAGGAGAAACAAUAUUCUGGCGUGGAUUACCGGGAUGUUGUCAUGGAUGACCGAACCUCUACUCCACUCAACCAGUUCAAGACGAUCGUCGAUCUUUUCCAGUGGCGGGUCUCACGCCAGGCUGAAGAGCUUGCUUAUUGCUCCAUCGACAGCCGUGGUAAAGAAGGUAAGGGCAUUACCUGGAAGAAAUUCGAUUUGAAGGUCUCCGCGGUUGCAACCUACCUCAAAAACAAGGUGAAGGUUCGACCUGGUGACCAUCUGAUAUUGAUGUACACUCAUUCGGAAGAAUACAUCUAUGCCGUCCAUGCCUGCUUCUGCUUGGGCGUCGUCGUCCUUCCGGUGGCUCCCAUUGAUCAGAACCGUCUCUCUGAGGAUGCUCCUGCAUUCCUGCAUGUUAUCAACGACUUCAAUGUCAAGGCCAUCAUCGUCAACACCGAGGUUGACCAUGUCAUGCGGCAGAAGCUUGUCUCGCAGCAUAUCAAGCAGUCUGCGCAGGUUCUUCGCAUCGGUGUGCCGGCCAUCUACAACACUACGAAGCCUUCCAAGCAAUCACAUGGCUGCCGGGAGCUCGGGUACACCGUGAAGGAUACUUGGCUUCAAGGUAAUCAGGCUGCCCUUGUUUGGACCUACUGGACCCCAGACCAACGACGAAUUUCCGUGCAAAUCGGGCAUGAUACUAUCCUGGGCAUGUGCAAGGUGCAGAAAGAGACCUGUCAAAUGACUAGCUCGCGACCAGUGCUUGGUAGUGUGCGCAGCACUCUGGGUCUUGGUUUCCUUCAUACCUGUUUGAUGGGCGUCUACGUCGGCGCUCCUACAUACCUCGUCUCUCCCGUCGAUUUUGCCCAGAACCCAAUGACAUUGUUUGUGACACUUGCCCGGUACAAGAUCAAGGACACCUAUGCCACAAGUCAGAUGCUGGACUAUGCCAUGAGCACCAUGGCUGGAAAGGGCUUCCAGCUGCAAGAACUCAAGAAUUUGAUGAUCUCUGCUGAAGCCCGACCCAGAGUCGAUAUCUACCAGAAGACACGACUCCACUUUGCAACAGCUGGCUUGGACCGAACUGCAAUCAACGUUGUCUAUUCCCACGUCCUCAAUCCUAUGAUUGUCACGAGAUCAUACAUGUGCAUUGAACCUAUUGAGCUUUGCCUUGAUCUUCGCAGUCUUCGCCGGGGUCUUAUCUACCCCGUCGAUCCCGAUUCGGACCCAACGGCGCUGUUGGUCCAAGAUUCUGGAAUGGUGCCCGUCAACACCCAGAUUGCUAUUGUCAACCCAGAAACCUGCACGCUAGCGCAUGUUGGGGAGUACGGUGAGAUUUGGGUCCAAUCGGAUGCUUGUGCCAAGGGAUUUUACAGGUCUACGAAUGAGUUUGACGCUGAAAGGAUGAAUGGUCGGGUCGCAGAUGGCGACCCCAACGUACCCUAUGUCCGUACCGGAGACCUCGGUUUCUUGCACACUGUUACUCGACCCAUUGGUCCUGGUGGGCAGCCGGUGGAGAUGCAGGUGCUUUUCGUUCUUGGAAGCAUUGGCGAGACCUUUGAGGUUAAUGGUCUUAAUCAUUUCCCCAUGGAUAUCGAGAACUCGGUAGAGAGAUGCCACCGCAACAUAAUGAAGGGAGGAUGUGCCAUCUUCCAAGCAGGCGGCUUGAUCGUGGUCGUCGUCGAGGUCACUCGCAAGUCGUUCCUGGCUUCUCUCGUUCCUGUCAUUGUGGACACAAUCCUGGGUGAACACCAGGUGGUCGCAGAUAUUGUUGCAUUUGUCUCCCACGGGGAUUUCCCUCGCUCUCGACUCGGUGAAAAGCAGCGCGGAAAGGUUCUGGCUUCUUGGGUGACGCGCAAGCUGCGAACGAUUGCUCAAUUCAGCAUCCGCGAUUUGGACGAGGAUCAUCCAUUCAAUCUCAUGCAGCACCGUGCUAGCCGCGGCUCCAAACCUGGAAGUACCAUGGGACACAGCGUCCGGCAUUCUAGUAUUGUUCCUGAUGCCGACAUGCCCGCUGUGCCACGAUCCCCAGCCACUGCGGUCCCUGAGGACAGGGCUGUCAUCCUGCAAGAAUCUUACCGGGAAAUGCCUCCUACAACUCUGCCGGAGCUUGACACUCGCACCGAGAAUUUUGUUUCCUCAACGCCCGUCCCUGCACCGACCUCUGCUGUACCUCACAUCCAGGAGCCUCAGUCUGCAACGAUAGUGACCGAGGAUGACGACCAUUUCGAUCAUCAUUUUGAUGAUCAACGUUUUGACAUGGUGGAACCAGCUCACGAACGCGGUCCUGGUCCUACCCGCGAUUUCCGCUUCAGCUUCGAUAUGAUCAAUAGCCCCAUCGAGCAGCUGCCGCAUGAUCCUGUACCAUCUGGAGCCGAGUAUCACCAGCCCAGGCAGAGCUCGCUCCCUGGUCAACAGGCGGCCGGCUAUCACGGUGACAAUGUAGGAGUUCCCGUUUCUGGAUAUCAACAAACGUCACGUCCUGGAACCCAGGAAAGCGGCCUAAUCGAUGACUGGCCCCAGGAGGCUCUCAUGUAUCAGUCCGCCCUGGGUGGAGAAGAUGGCCAGCGAAAGCCCUCCAACGCUGGCAACCUCAUCUGA